AUGCGCAAUGCGCUCGGUUCGUAUUGGCGCCAGAAUGCAGUCUGGGUCGCGGCGGCCAUCUUUACUAUGGGCAAGAUCCGAAAAUUACAGGUAAUUUGCAGAAAACGCCAGAAACAGGUUAGUAAACGGCUGGUACUAUUUAAAAGAAGCUGGAACUCGAAGAGGUUGUUGUGGAUUCAGUUAUUUUACAAUUUGAAUUGGAUUAUCUAAAAGAGAAGCUAGGACUCUGGAAUAAUUUCUAUUCUUUGCCACAGGUUUGUGUAUUUCUGAUAUACAUGUAUCCCUUUAUUUUUAUAAUUUGUUUUGUGUAUUCUAAGAGAAUUAUUUGAAAUUCUUUAUUGUAGUUAGCACAUUAUGAGCUCUACUAGUAGGAACCCUUUACCCUGUUCAGCAGAAUCCAGGUGAGUAGGACUCCAAAUAUAUUUUAUAUAUAACGUUAAUGAUGUUUUUAAUCUACUAACAGUUACUUAUACUACUUUUAGUAAUGGAGAACAGUCUAUAUCAUCUUCCCCACGAAAGAGGAGACAGAAGUCAGACCCCUGUGCAGGAUGUGAUGGGAAGGCAUUGGAAGGCAAACAGCUGUGCUUAAACUGUUUGCAGAAGGUGGCCACUCCAGCAGCCGUAACACCCACUCAGUCACCAGAUAUCCUGACUUGGAUCCGACAGGAGGUGGGUCAGGGCAUCUCAGAGGCCAUGGAGGCAAGUAAUCGGUCCGUGAAAAGACCAAGACAGAGACUGGUAUCCUCAGAAUCAUCUGUCUCAGAAUACCAGGGUUCAGCUGAAGAGUUUCAGGUUCUCGAUCAGAUUUAUUCUAGUGAGAACGAAGAAGAGGUCUUGUCGGAAUAUCUAGACGCCAAGACGGUGGAUAAACUCAUCCUGAAGGUAAGAAAGACCCUAGAAUUACCAGAAGAUCUUCCUAAACCUGAAGUUUCUGAUAAACAUUUUGUGGAUCUUAGGAAGCAGAAGCCUUCCUUCCCUCUUCACAGAGCCAUUAAGGAGGUGGUUACCGCAGAAUGGGAAAAACCUGAUAAAAAGGUUCCAUUUCAGGGCAGGCUAUCCAGGCUUUACCCUUUGGAGGAGAAAACUUCAAAAAAAUGGACGACACCUCCAAAAGUUGAUGCUACCAUCUCUAGGGUUGCUAGGAGAACUAGUCUACCACUGGAGAGUGCAGCCUCCUUGCAGGAACCAAUGGAUAAGAAAUUGGAUUCUGAUCUUUCCAAGAUAUACUCAGCGGGAGGUACUGGAUGCCAUUCAGCUGUUUGUCUUACGGCGGUGUCCAGAGCCAUGAAAAGUUGGAUAAAAGACCUGGAUACAGAUGCGGAAAGAGGAAUUAAGAGAACAAACCUCAGGGAUUCUAUUUACGACCUUCGGAUAGCUACGGAAUUUGUCGCUCAAGCUGCCCUGGAUAUCACCAGGAUCUUCUCCCGCACCAUGGCCCUCUCGGUAGCAGCUAGGAGAGCUUUAUGGUUGCAUUAUUGGGGUGUGGAUUCCUUUUCCAAGGCCAAUUUAUGUUCCAUAACUUUUGAGGCUGAGCUUCUAUUUGGAAAGACCCUAGAGGAAUCCAUUAAAAAAGCUGCUGAGGGGCAUAAGGUCUUUCUACCCCAGGAGAAAAGAACCAGAAGACCAGGCUCCUCUGGGUCAGAUAAGCGACCUCCGAGGGAUCAAUAUUUUUAGGAUGCUCGUAGCUACCGACCAGGUAGAGAGUUCAACAGGAGUAAUAAUUGUCGUGGGGGCCAAUCAUAUGCUUCACGUUCUUCCCGAGGUAGAAACCCUUCCUUUCGUGGAGGCAAGAACUUCUGACUAUCCGUCAGAGGUCGGUGCUCGACUUUCCCUCUUCUGGAAGGUUUGGGCACAGGACAUACAAGAUGCCUGGGUCAAAGCUAUAAUUUAAAGAGUGUACAGAUUGGAAUUCCUCAGAAGACCCAGAAGCAACUUCUUCGUUCCCACAAGUCUGCCCACGGACAAGGGCAGAAGCAGGGCUCUGGGAGAUUAUGUUCAGAACCUCAGGUCCCAAAGGGUUAUUGUUUCAGUGCCAGAAGAGGAACGAUUCCAGGGGCACUAUUCACCUCUGUUCUUAGUCCAGAAAGACAAGGACAAGUGGAGACCUAUCCUGGACCUGCGGAGGAUCAACAGGAGACUUCUAAUCAGAUCCUUCAAGAUGGAGUCUAUAAGAUCCAUCUCCCCAGCUAUCACAUCCCGAUAGCCAAGCAACAUCAUCGUUUUCUCCAAUUUCCUAUAGGAGAAGACCACUUCCAAUUCAGAGCACUUCCAUUUGGUCUGAGCACAGCACCCAGAACCUUUUCAAAGGUAUUGGUCGUUCUUAUAGAAAGGCUGAGGAGUCAGGGAAUCUCUUUGUUCCAUUACCUGGACGACCUUCUGCUGGUAGCACCAAACGUCCAGACGGCGGUGCUUCACAGAGAAUUUGUGCUAUCAGAACAUCAUCGAUUCGGCUGGUUAGUGAAUCUACAAAAAAGCAGCCUCAUUCCAUCCCAGAUGAUUACGUUUCUGGGGGCGAACUUCGACACACUCCGGAACUCUAUCUCCCUUUCACAGGAAAGGAUACAGAGGAUUUUAAGCUUCAUCUACAAGAUUCUGCACCUCCGUGUGAUUACAGCAAGAACAUACUUGCAACUGCUGGGCAAUCUGACCUCUUCUAUAGGACUAGUCAGGUGGGCCCAGUGGCAUCUCAGAGUUCCUCAGAGGUCGUUCCUGAACCGGCGGGUUAUGGAUUGGAAUCAACCCUUGAGGAUCUCUCAUGUAGUCAAAAUGGAACUGGUCUGGUGGCUAAGAAGGGUGAAUUUGGAAAGAGGUCCUAUUAACAACAGAUUCUAGCACUCAUGGUUGGGGUGCCCACUGUCAGGACCGGAUGACUCAAGGUCGAUGGAACAAACAGGAGUCGGUUCUUCCGGGGAAUUACGGGCCAUCCAGAGCUCUCAUACACUUCAGGAGGAUCCUGAAGAACAGAUGGAUACGAGUCCAGUCCGACAACCAGGCGGCUGUGGCCUAUGUUUCUCAUCAAGGCGGUACUCGCAGCCUACUGUUGAUGAAGGAACUGCGGCCCAUUAUGAGUUAGUGCCAGAAAAAUGUUCAGGGUAUCUCUGCAGUAUACCUUCCGGGAAUUCAGAAUACCAUGGCGGACUACCUGAGCCGCGUGACCAUAGACAGGAGCAAGUGGCAUCUCAGCCCCGAAGUAUUUCAGGAGCUGUCUUUGAUUUGGGGAACCCCAGAGAUAGACCUCAUGGCAACGGCCGAGAAUACCCAGGUCGAAGCCUUCUUCUCGAGACUGGUCGAUCACAAAGCCAACCUUGGAAGUUCACUCUGGCCUAUGUGUUCCCUCCUAUACCUCUCAUAUUCCCAACUCUGAAGAUUCAGAAGGAGAAGGUAGAUGUCAUCGCCAUCCCCCCGUUCUGGCCCCGGCGACCCUGGUUCCCUAUGGCGAGACGGAUGAGUCGGGAACCUCCGAGGGUACUCCUGUUCCAGGCAGAUUUACUAUCACAGGGACCACUGCUACACCCAAACCCGCUAACCCUCAAGUUGUGGGCUUGGAGAUUGAGUGGGAAGCUCUGAUGAACGCUGACAUGCCUGACACAGUCAUUAGAACUCUCCUGACGGAGGGUCUCUUCUCCUUUUAGAAGAAUUUGUUUAAACCUGUCCUAUUGGCUGUAAGGGGAGUUGCUAACCCAUGUGUAUAUGCUGCCAUGAAUAAUAGCCAGGAAAAGAAAAUUAUGGUAAGUAUGAAUAAAUUUUCCACUAUAUAGUCUGUAAGAAACACACUCACAUGGUGCUGAGCCUUAUAGGGAUAGGCUCAAGUCACUUGCGCAGAGGUAUUUUAAGUUAUACCAAAACUACUUCUGUGUAGAGAUGUAGAAUACUCAAAAAGGAGAGAUAAAACAUAUAUAGUGAAUUACCCUCACUGUAAAAAAGUGAAUACAAUAUACCAAUCACUGCUCACCUUGUUCAGAGCCAAAUGACUGGGCUCUCAGGGUAAUGCGCACUGUGCCUUUAAGAGGGCACAACUCUUCUUUUAGCAGAGGACAACAGCAACAUAUGGGACUUGGAAAUAGAUUAAAAAUAAUUUACCAAAAUAAUGUAUAUAUAAAAACAAAAUAAAAAAUACAAAAUACCAUAAGUAUUAUAGUCCCAAAAUGGAAGAUAUGCAGCCCAAAAUUGUCCGAGACGCAUUUCGCCUGAACCAACAUGCUCUCUCAAUCGGUGUCCUCUUAUGCGCAUUAAGCCGGUUUUAUAUCCGGCGGUUCAUCUGUAAUUGGUCCCCUGUCGUGUGUCUCGUCCAAUCAAUGCGUUGGUUUAGGGGGGGGAAGCGGUUUGCAGUCAGUCCCGUACAAAUGGAAGUGACGUAUCAGAGAAUAUCCGACGUCACUUCCGGUAUCGCAGUAUCGCCAUUUUUUGUAUUGGCAUAGUGUUAGCCGGUAUUGUGGCUAAGGGCAAGUUCAUAAUUUCCAAUACUGAUCAAUAUAAAAAGAAACAAAGCAUUAGAACACAUUCUUUAUAAGAAGUUUGUAAGAAAAACAAUGAUUAUUACAUAUACAUUAGCUCAUCUUGUGAAUGUUAUACUCUAUAUAUUAACACAUAUUAAGAGAUAAGGACAUGAUCAUAAUCCACAUAAUUGGUGUUAAAGUAUCCUGAACAUCCUAUACAUAUAUACACAAAAAAUUUAAACCAUAUGUCAAAUAUCUCAAAAGAAUCACAUAAAACAGUAUCUUAUACACAUAUAAAUUAACCUAAAAGGAUGGGACUAGAUUGAAAAAUACUAUAUUAAAAAUACUAUGAUAAAAAAUGUAUGAAUAAAAAAAUCAUCCAUAAGAAAAAUAGUUAUAAAAAGUCAUCAAUAAUGUAAAUAAGAAAAUAUUUUUAUAAAAAAUGACAAAGUUCAAAAUCACUGUUCAAACAACUUGGUUGUAAGGUAUCCAACGCAUUUCUGCUUGUCCCAUUCUUUUAAUUAAAUCACCCCCCCCCUCGAAUUUGGGGUUACUUUUUGAAAUCCCAAAAAUUUUAUUUUACUGGGAUCACUAUUGUGGAAAUUCUUAAAAUGGAGAGAUAAACUAUGUUUGAAAGAAAACAUUCCUUACAUUCCUAAUAUGCUCCUUUAUAUGCUCGUCCAAUAUAUAAUAGUCCACAUGGACAAAUGAUCAUAUACACUAUUUUCUUAGAGUGACAGGUAAUAAUGUUUUUGAUUUUAAAACUUUUUUUCCGAGUCCUUUGGGUGUACAAAUUCCCUGAUUUCUCUUUUUUUUAAAUGUUCGUAUUCCUACAUGCUCCACAUACCCCACAGCCGUAAAAGCCCAUGGGUCCAGUAAAUGGAUUUUUACCUAUUGUAUUUAUGUGGUUAUUCGUGAGACCAUUACGUAAAUUUGGUAUUCCCCGAUAUAUUAUUCUGGGUUUAUCCUGCAAAAGUGCAUUUAGUGUUUCGUCAUUUUUUUAAAAUGGGCCAAUGUUUGGAAAUUAUUUUCUUCACUUGUUUGCCCUGAGCAUUAAAAUCACAUAUAAAAAGGUAUCCCAUUAUUUCCAAGUGUAGAAGAUUUGGAUUUGUACUCUAAUAAAGACUCUCUCUCUCUAAGUGAUGUUUCAUAAUAUGCUGUCUGUAAUAACUCUCUAUCAUGGCCCCUUUUUGUAGAAAUCUUUGAUGUUUUUUUUUAGUUUGUUCUUGGAACACAGUUGUGUCAAUGCAAUUGCAUUUUAUCCUUAACAGCUGUGCUUUUGGUGCAUUUGAAAGCCAGGGUGAAUAGUGACAACUAGUUUGUUGGAUGUAGCUGUUAACAUCUACUUUCUUAAAGAAAGUGCUUGUCUUAAUAGUGUUGUCUUCAAUAUAUAUAUAUAUUUAAGUCCAGAAAUUCCACUGAAUUUUUACGUUUAAUGCCCCAAUUGUUGUCCUCUAAGUGUUCAAAAAAAACAAUCCAAAGACUCACUGUUGCCCUUCCAAAUAAAGAAAAUAUCAUCUAUGUAACGGCGAUAGGUCACCAGGUUUGCACCCCAUCUAUGAUCGCCAAAGAUUAACUUAUGUUCCCAAAAGGACAUAAAUAAAUUAGCGUAACUAGGUGCAAACCUGGUGCCCAUCGCCGUUCCACAGACUUGUAAAAAAAAAUUACCAUUAAACCAAAAAUAGUUAUUAUUCAGGAUCCAGUUGAUCCCCUCCAGAAUAAAACUUGAGACUCAGGAAAUUUUCCUGCGUCAUCAAGAAAGUGUUUAGUGGCUUCACAACUCCUGGCAUGCUCUAUAAUUGUAUAGAGUGAGUUUACAUCCACCGUAUAUUUCCUCAGUUGUCAGUUUUUUGGCCACCGCAUGUGGCAGGAGGGAGGUCAGUAGCCAUCUGACAUAGUGAGGGAGCUCGUCCGCUGUGACUGCGGUUUGUAUGCCCCUUAUCUUAAUAUUGCUGCGGCGGUGGCGGUCUUCCAUGGCCGUUAUUUGUACUGAGAUGGCUCUUUGAUGGGACCAGAUUUGUUGGACCGAGGUCUGGAGCUCGUGCAUGUGUGUUUGGACGUCUGCAAUGUCCCUCUCCGAGGCAUGUACCCGGUCUGUGAUGACCUUCAUGUCAUUUCUUAUUGGAGCGAGUUCAGCAGCAAGUAUUUUAUGAAAGUCCGCCAACAGGACCUUUAGAUCUUGUCUGGUUGUUGGUGUGGAGUCUGUGGGAGCUUCGGUUAGCUUCAGGUGAGUGUCCGUCGGCUGUGCAGCCUCUGUCUGCUCGUUUGAAUGAGAAUAGGUGUUGGGCCAUGUACUGGCGGCGUGCUGUGUGGUCUCCGCCGGGGCGGAUUGGGGCUGUACAGGUCUCUGGAACAUCGUCUCAAUAUCUCUAUGUUCCGCUACCACUGUCUUCUGCGAGCGGUGGCCCAUUGCUAGUGUAUGGGUUAUGGCGUCGGGUGAUGCCUGGAGGGAGUUGUUUACCCGCUGUAACGGCACCCCGAGGCAUAAAAGUGUUAAAUCGCAGUUUAGAAGAUCUUCCCCUUCCAGAGACACAGGCACAGCUACUGUAGACACCAAUCCACCCAACCGGAGAAGCAUAUGAAUGCUAUAAACAGCCGAACCGGAACCAUACGAAUGCUGUAAACAGCCGAAUAGGAAAAACCAUACGAAAGGUUUACACUCCUAGCAGUCGAACUGGAACAGCAUACAAUAUAUCCCCCCAAGAACGAGACAAGGCUCCGUUUUGAGGGUCAAGCAGGAACAGACAGAGCUGUGGGUUUAUUGUUCUUAUAUACACAUUAGUACCACCCACAGGGUUUUGGAAAACAACCAAUAAACAUGUACAAUACAUUCAGACACUCCCACACAAAAUCCUCCCUCUGCCUGUGAUACAAUUACCUUACACAAUGGGUAAUGUAAUUAUCACAGACAGAGAAAUACAGUUUUUCCACAUCUAAAGGCAACAGGCGGGCAACCAGGCUCCUCCAAUGCACAGUGGCAAGAUUGGUCUCGUCACACCCGCUGUAGUAGGAGCACUUCCAGGCUCGGCUGGGACAAACAUGCGGUAGGCCCUGGCUUUCAGUCUCCGUCUGGGCUGGGUCUUCGGUUGAAAAAAGAAAAAAAGGCAUUUAUCACCUUGGGGAACGUUGAGGGUCUGGCUGGGAUUUAGAUUUUGAUUUAUUUAAGAUUUUUGGGGUUUGCUCGGAGGAGCUUGCAAGCAUGGCGUCUGCUCAGGCUGAUGGUCAAGUUCUGCCCCUUAAUAUUGUAUUUUGACACAUCUAGUUUUAAAGCUAUACAGUUUACUCAAAAAUUCAGGAAUUUUAUCUUGAGUGACCGACUCUGGUACAUUUCGGAUUCUGAGAUUGUUUUUUUCUUGAGCAGUCGUCGAACUCUCAGAGUUUAGCCUCCAUGCUUCUCAGUUUUAUAUUUAACUGUUCAUUUUGAUCUUCUAAGGUUAGAAUUUUUUCUUCAUUUAUGUGUUAUCUAACAAAUCUGUUUUUUUAUUUCUUCUGUAUUUUUAGUUGUUCGAUAAGGUAUUGCUUCAAGUUGAGCUUCUAGGCAGUGCUUCAGAAAAUCUGCCGUUAUGUAAAUUUUCUUUUUGUCUGGGUGAGUUUUUUUUAUGGAUUCUUCUAAUCUUUAUGAAGAUAGAGCACUAUUAUCUUAGUUUGUUUUUUUUUCCUUUAUAGGUUCUAGCUACAGGGGAGAAUAAACUCAAUGUUUCUUUUUCUGGUCCUUUUUCUUAUCCUUCCUUGCAGGACUCUGUUUAACACGGGCUGCAACACUACUUUCCUCAGUAUCUCAGCGUGUCCACUGCCUAUUCGCGGUCAUUCCUCUAUUCAAACUCCAGUUCCCGCUGCUUCCAGAUGCGUACAUUCACCCACAUAAGUCAUCACCCCCCCCGAAAGGCACUUUGAAUUCACUUAACCAAUGA